ACGAGUUUCUGCUACGACGGUCGAGUUUUUAGAUGAUUGUAGCUAUAUGUACCUUACUGUAGCAAUAAUCGCUGAGAGACUUUGUUGACUGUUACUGCGUGCGGACUUCGGGCAUCGCGUUUGUCAAAAAUUAGUUCCGUAACGGCAUGAAACACAGUUUUCAUGAGCGAUUUUCGGUGACUGAAAUGUGGCAUCACAAUUAACAAGUGGAAAAUAGUGGAUUCUUGGAAGAAACUGUUGUGAAAUGUAAUGCUGCUAGACAGCGCAUCGUUGCCGACAGCACGGCGAGACCUGUGAUAAACUGAACUAUUAUAUAGCAUAAUGUGAUAAACUGAAAUAAUAAUAAAAAACCAUAGCACAACAAAGAAGUGAACGAGGAAAUUGAAUCGAAAAAAAAACAUCAUCAAAGAGCUCAGGUUUUGCCGGUACCAGAAUUAAAUCGGCACUGAGUAUGGGUUAUGAUUUGACCCGCUUCCAGGGAGACGUAGAUGAAGAGCUGAUUUGUCCAAUAUGUUCCGGUGUGUUGGAAGAACCGUUGCAGGCGGUGGCAUGCGAACACGCAUUCUGUCGGGCAUGCAUCACAGAGUGGCUUUCGCGCCAACCGACAUGCCCGGUCGAUCGGAAUCCCAUCACCAACAGUAAUCUCCGAGCCGUGCCAAGGAUACUUCGAAAUUUGCUGUCGCGGUUGAACAUCAGCUGCGAGAAUGCCAUGUACGGUUGCACUCUGAUUCUCAAACUGGACACAUUGGCCACUCACAUCGAGGAGUGCGAGCACAAUCCCAAACGUCCGCUACCGUGCGAGAAGGGUUGCGGCUUCGUGAUCCCGAAAGAUGAGUACAAGGAUCAUAACUGCUUCCGGGAGUUGCGGUCGCUAGUACACAAUCAGCAGCAGAAGAUGAGCGAGCUGAAGAACGAAAUCAACGAUCAAAAUCUUGUGAUAAAUGAACUGAAGCGUGAACUGAACCUGGUGAAGGAUUUUAUGAGGGCGAUGCGCGUGUCGAAUCCCGCGAUGCGAGCCAUCGCCGAUCAGAUGGAACGGGAUGAGGUAACGCGGUGGUGUAAUGGACUGGCGAGGGCACGCGUCACUCGAUGGGGUGGAAUGAUCUCCACACCCGAUGAUGCACUGCAGUUAAUGAUCAAGCGAGCCCUUUCGGAGUCGGGCUGUCCACCACACAUUCUAGACGAUCUGAUGGAAAACUGCCACGAACGACGGUGGCCCCGUGGACUGAGUUCACUGGAAACCCGUCAAAACAACAGGCGAAUAUACGAGAACUACAUGUGCCGGCGAAUUCCUGGUAAACAAGCCGUUCUAGUGCUUCAUUGUGACAACACGCACAUGUCCGAGGAUGUCAUGGUGGAACCGGGACUGGUGAUGAUAUUUGCUCACGGAAUAGAAUAAGGCGGCGCAUCUUGCUCGGCAAACUACUGCUACAAAAUCGACAACAAAACAAACUACUUACUAUUACAUAUUUUACAACUAUCAAUUAGCUGCUGCAGAUUGUUUGCUACUAUAAUUACCAUUAUA